AUGCUGUGUCCACACACCCCUCUGGCGCCACCAGCUUUCCCAGGCUUUGUUGUCCACCGUGCAGGCCCGAGAAACAGAACUGUCAAUGCCGCCCUUCUUAGAAGUGGAGAGUCCUUUAAUGUGGAUGUGAAGAAUGGAUUAUCCUUCAGUGGCAAUGUGGACGAUAUGUUCGGAUAUACUGUUCAGCAGUUUGAAAAUGAGGACGGAAAAUGGGUGCUCAUUGGUUCACCAUUGGAGGGACAACCAUCUCGCAAAACAGGAGAUGUGUAUAAAUGUUCAGUGAAAGGACAAUCGAAAUGCAUGAAGAUGGACUUGCCAAGAUAUACCACCAUUGCCAAUGUUACAGAGGUGAAAGAAAAUAUGACCAUGGGAUCAACUUUAGUAACAAAUCCUAAUGGUGGAUUUAUGGCCUGUGGACCUCUCUAUGCAUACAGAUGUGGAAGCCUGCUCUACACUACUGGAAUUUGUUCAAAUGUCAGUUCUAAAUUUCAAGUUUUAAACUCCAUCGCCCCAGGAGUGCAAGAAUGUACCACCCAGCUGGACCUGGUGAUAGUUCUCGAUGGCUCUAACAGUGUUUUUCCCUGGCACAGUGUGAACAAGUUUUUAAUAAAACUAUUGAACAAAAUGGUCAUUUCUCCUACACAAACUCAGGUUGGCAUUGUUCAGUAUGGAGAAACAGUGACUCAUGAAUUCAAUUUGAACACACACUCUUCCACAGAGAGUGCACUGGAGGCGGCCAGCAAGAUAAGACAGCUAAAAGGCAAUUUUACACACACAGCUCUGGGUAUUCAACAAGCAAGAGCAGAAGCUUUCAGUGAGGAAAGAGGUGCACGGAAAGGAGUGAAGAAAGUUAUGCUGGUUGUAACAGAUGGUGAAUCUCAUGAUGGUUAUCGAUUGCCUAGUGUCAUUGAUGAGUGUGAAAAGGAUGGCAUUGAAAGAUAUGGUGUUGCUAUUCUCGGUUACUAUAACAGAGGAAAUAUAAGUACAGAGAAAUUGAUCAAUGAGAUUAUUUCCAUUGCAAGUGAACCAAAAGAGAAACAUUUUUUUAACGUGUCGGAUGAGUUGGCUCUUUCAACAAUUGCGGAAUCAAUAGGAGAACGGAUAUUUGCUCUUGAAGCCACUACAGAACAACAGACAGUGUCGUUUGAAAUGGAAAUGUCCCAAUCUGGAUUCAGUGCUCACUAUUCUAAGGACUGGGUGAUGCUUGGUGCCGUUGGAGCCUACGACUGGAAUGGAACAGUUGUCAUGAUGAAAUCUGAUGACAAUGUCACCCCAGGAAAUAAAUCAUUUCACACAAGAUCAGAAGAUAGAAAUGAGCCUUUGGCAGCCUACUUAGGAUACACUGUAACUUCUGCUUCUGUGAAAGGAGGAGAAAUCUACAUUGCCGGGCAGCCUCGAUACAACCAUACGGGACAGGUUGUUAUUUACAAAAUGCAGGGAAGAAACAUCAAUAUAAUUGAUACAUUAAAAGGAGAACAGAUUGGAUCUUAUUUUGGAAGUGUCCUCACCACAGUAGAUAUAGAUGGAGAUACUAUCACUGACAUUCUUCUAGUUGGUGCACCAAUGUUUAUGGGAGUUGAAAAACAAGAACAAGGAAAAGUGUAUGUCUAUAGCAUUCAGGAGGAGACGUUUAAGCAUGAGAUGAGUUUGGAGCCCAUGAACCAAACCUGCAAACAAGAAGCAGAAAAUGAACCUUGUGGGGCUCGCUUUGGAACAGCUAUUGCAGCAGUGACAGAUCUCAACCUGGAUGGCUACAAUGAUGUAGCUAUAGGGGCUCCUCUAGAAGGAGAUCACAGAGGAGCUGUGUAUAUUUAUCAUGGAAGUGGAAAAAUGAUAAAAAGGGACUAUGCUCAGCGUAUUCCAUCAGGUGGAGAUGGGAAAAAAGUAAAAUUUUUUGGUCAGUCUAUUGACGGUAAAAUGGACUUGAAUGGUGAUGGACUGACGGAUGUAACGAUUGGAGGUCUUGGAGGAGCCUCUUUGUUUUGGUCUCGAGAUGUUGUAGAAGUGAGAGUAGCAAAGGAUUUCACGCCAAACACCAUCAACAUGGAAAAAAAGAAUUGUAGGAUUAACAACAAAGAUACUGUGUGCAUCCAGGCAUCGUUUUGCUUCAAUAUAGACCUUAAAUCUGGUGUUAGCAAGCAGGAAACAUUUGAGCUGGAGUACAAAAUCACACUUGAUUCGCAUCGUUUUGUAUCCCGAAGUCUUUUCACAAAUACCAACGGAAGGGAUGUACAAGGUGUAGUCUCUCGAAGUGGCGAAUGUGUAAACCUCGAAUUCUAUAUGGUGGAAAGGCCAGAUUUUUUGAAUUCUGUGAAUAUUUCUGUUGAGUUCAAUUUUAAAGAUCCAGAAGAAGGCCCAGUUCUCAGCAAUGAACAUCCAAGAAUCGUAAAUGCUUAUAUCCCAUUUACAAUGGACUGUGGUACUCAUAAAAUAUGCAUCGGUGACCUUGUUCUAGAUGCUCAAUUAAGUGUGGAUGAGCAAAGCAUUGAUGAGAUGAUUGUACAGCAUGGCAAGGACAGAUUUAAUGUCACUAUCACUCUGAGGAACGGUGGUGACAGCGCUUAUAAUUCGAGGGUAGUAAUGAAAUAUACUCCCAACAUUAUACGGGCUAAAACAGAGGAUAAGCCAGGAGUAAGUUGUGAUGAAUCUGGUGAGGACUUUGUAUGUAAGGUCGGAUACCCCUUUUUAAGGAAGAAUGAGAAGAUCACUUUCACAGUAACAUUCCAAUUCAAUGUAUCACACCUCCUGGAUAAAGCGUCCAUAUUUAUUAAUGCAACAAGUGACAGUGAUGAGUUGCUCAAAACCUUACAUGACAACAGAAAGGACCUUACCUUUUCAGUUAGAUACCAAUCCGGACUCACCUUCACUGGAUCUGCAAAAGAAUUCCACAUUAUUAUUGCUGCCAAUGACUCCAUACCUGCUCAGAUUAAUUCCACUGAUUUCAUCGGGCCGGACGUCAAUCUGAAUGAUAUG